AUGGGUGGAAAAGGGGGCGCGGCCUGGCGGCAGCCCGCCCCCUUGCAUGUAUUGCUCCAUUGUGGAACUCCGCCGGCCGACAUUCGCGAGCCGAACCGCGAGGGGGUCGGUGCCGACAACGACGACGACACCGGAACGGAACCGACGCCACGGAGCCGAGGACUGGGGCCGCGCACGUCGUCGAAGACCCCCGCAAAAGCUUCUCCGUCGCCACCCACGUCCACGGCGGUUGCGGGCGGGGUCCGCCAUGACUUCCUGUUGAAGAUCAGGGGCGGGGCCAAAGAGGACAGAAGAGGAGGAGCCGGUCAAAUAAGCCCCUCCCCCCGCACCGGAACUACGCAGCACAUGGGCAGACUCGGGACGUGGGCGGGGCUGGUGGCCCUGCUGGCGGCGGCGGCGGCGGCGGCGGGCGAGGCCGACGCCCCGAUUGGGCAGCUGGAGGCGUCCAUGAGCUCCUCGCUCCUCCGAGACUUCCGGGAGGCCGCCGGGCGCGACGUCCCCGAGGCCGAAGCGACGGUGGGGCGCCUCUUCCGCGUGGAAAUGCCCGCCGACCGGCUGCCGGAAAUGUCAGAGCCCGGGAAGGACUCGCUUCCGUCCUGGCUGCACUGGGACGCCCCCCGCAGGACACUGGAGGGACUGCCGCUGGAAGAGGACAAAGGCGUCUACUACAUCUCGGCCGGCGUCUCCAACGAGUCCUUCCCGGAGGUCCUCUCGGUCGAGGUUCGCUCCGAAGACCACUCGGAGGCGGAACCUCCUCGGGCGGCGAGCGACGGAGCGGACGCCGACGUCUCGUGCGGCCCCGACCGAUCGGUCACCGUCUUGACGGUCAUCCUGGAUGCGGACUUGACCAAGAUGAGCCCCCGCCAGAGGGUGGAGCUGCUGAACGACAUGAGGAUCUUCUCGGGGGUGGAGCCCACCCUCAUGAGGGCGCUUCCCGUGGUCAACAACAGACUCUUCGACAUGUCCGCCUUCAUGGCCGGACCGGGCAACGCCAAGAAGGUGGUGGAGAACGGCGCUUUGCUGUCGUGGAAGCUCGGCUGCGCGCUGGACCAGAGCAGCGUGCCGGACCUGGCCGGCGUCCAGGGUCCGGCCAAGGAGGGCGCCAUGUCCGCCAAGCUGGGGUACCCCGUGGUGGGUUGGCACGUGGCCAACAAGAAGCCUCACGUGGCCAAGCGUGUUCGGCGCCAGUUGAACAACACGCCCACGCCGGUCCUGACGUCGCUCCCGCCAUCUUCUGCGGCGGAGCCGCCCGUGCGAAUCGUCCCGACGCUGUCGUCUCCCUCCGUCGCGCCGCCUCCGCGGAGCUCCGCGCCCCCCGUGCGGGGGCCCGUCCCGCUGCCGGUGAAACCCACCAUCCGACCGCGCGACCCCGUCGCCCACACGCCCACCAUGGAACCCCCUCAACCCACCAGGGCGACGGGGACCGCCAGCUCGGUCCCCAUCGAGCCCACCGCCACCCGGCCCGUCCACGUAGAACCCACCGCCGCGCAGCCCGGCCCCACGCCCGCACGGAAACCCACCAAGAAGCCCAAAAGACCCAAAACCACGGCGGCGCCCCGCGAGCCGAAGACGUCUCGCCGCACGACGCCUUCGCCGGGAGUCCUCGUGGACCCGUACAACGAGAAACCGGUUUUGCGUAAUCCCAUUGACCAGGUCAACGCUCUGGUGGGCACGUACUUUGAGGUGAAGAUCCCUUCGGACACUUUCUUCGACAAAGAAGACGGAACCACCGACAAGCUGCGGCUCAGCUUGAGGAAGAACCUGAACGAAGCGGUGGGAGAGGGUUCCUGGAUCCAAUUCAACAGCACCAGCCAGCUGCUCUACGGCCUCCCUGACCCGCAUCACGCCGGCAAGCACGAGUACUUCGUGCAGGCCACCGACAGAGGAGGCCUGAACGCCAUCGACGCCAUCGAGGUGCGCGUCCGGCGCUGGCCCGCCAACGACAGAAGUCCCGUGGCGUUCGCGGCCCGCCUGGAAGGAGAACCGCGACGGCUCGCCGCCGACAUCCACAAGAAGAUCCUCCUGGUCCGCAAGCUGGCCGCCGCCCUGGGAGACCGCAACAGCAGCGCGGUGAGCCUGAGGAACAUCAGCAAGGGUUCCAUCCUGGUGGAGUGGACCAACAGCAGCCUCCCCCACGCACCCUGCCCCAAGGAGGACAUCGCCACCCUGAGCCGGAUGCUGGGCGACGCCGACGGGAGGCCCACGCCCAACUUCCGCAACGCCAUGGAGCCCGACUUCAGACCCCUGGGCGUGACUGCCAAGGGGCGGGCCGGCUGCGCCGCCUUCUCCUUCAUCCCGCCGGGCGAGACGGAGGUCCCGCCGCCGCCCCCCGUCACCCCGGCCCCCGGGACCGGGCGGCAGAGCGCCGACGACGUUUACCUCCACACGGUCAUCCCCGCCGUGGUGGUGGCGGCCAUCUUGCUGCUGGCCGGAAUCGUGGCCAUGAUCUGCUACCGGAAGAAGAGGAAAGGCAAGUUGACCCUGGAGGACCAGGCCACCUUCAUCAAGAAGGGCGUCCCCAUCAUCUUCGCCGACGAGCUGGACGACUCCAAGCCGCCGCCCACCUCCAGCGCCCCCCUCAUCCUGCCGGAGGAGAAGCCGCCCCUGUCGCCGCCCGAAUAUCCCAACGCCGGCCCGCCGGAGACGGCGCCCCUCAACCGGGAGCUCCCGGGCGAGUACGCGGCGCUCCGGGACGACGACGACGACGACCCCAACGCGCCGCCCUACCAGCCCCCGCCGCCCUUCGCCACGCCCCAGGAAGGGAAAGGCUCACGGCCCAAGAACAUGACCCCCUACCGCUCGCCGCCACCCUACGUGCCCCCCUAAAGGCCCGCCGGGCCCCGCGUACCUGGUGCUACGGUGCUAAUGCAGGAGGGGGGCUGGGAAGGACUACUGGUGUAGACGGAUGCUAAGUGACCUUUGACCCCGCGCACGACCCGCCCUGGGUUCAGUUUGACUUUUUCUUUUGUUCUGGAUGUGUUCUAACAGCAAGGUACGCCGCGUGUGCGCGUGGAAGCUAACUCGCUUUGAGCGCCGCGGGUGUGUCGGCGCGCGCGUCAGAGAGACGUCGGGCCGUCCGUGACCCCCACGUCGCACGACCUUUUUUUUUUUUUCACGAGUACGUCUCAAUAACUAUGUGCUUUUCUUUUGGUUUCAUGUGUGAAGCAAUAAAACAUUUGCAUAUUUGUGAUCAUAAAAUGAAAAUCGAUUAACGGGUGCUACGAUGACAACCACGUUGAGGCUCUUUGGGGUUCUGAAAUAUUUUUCUACACACGUCGAGGAACUCUUCAUCUUUUGAUACGAGUUUGAUUAUUUUCAGGAUUCGUCGACAAGCGCAAACGUGACGAUUGGUCAUCAGAAUUAUUUGACUUUUGACUCCUUGGCUUCUUUUGACAUUUGAGCGACUUUUUGCAAUAAUGACGCUAACAGCUUCGUUUGUUUUCCACAAUAAAAAGUCGACUUUC